GGUCGACGACCACUUUAGGUAGGUAGCUAUUUAUUCACCCCAGCAGACCUCGUAAUGAUUACAGUUUGCGGUUACAUCACGUGCUGACAAGAAAGUUGACAGGAGUUCCAGGAGUUGCCCGGUGUAGUCUACUCAAGAUCUCAACCAGGGAGUAAACAACCCUGCAGCCGGGCAGAUAGCGAGGGAAGCGAUAGCGAGGGAGAAACAAGGUGAAACAGAAGUGUCCAUGGCUCCAUUGCAACUCGCGGUUUACUGGCGACUCGCUCUCAUAUUUAUCUUCACGGCGUUUAUAUUUUUAGUCGACGUCUUCACGGUCAGCCGGACAUCCUACUUGUGUACUAACUUCUCCAGAGAGCUGGGGGCUGAAAAGCGAAGCCGCGGAGAGGUCCCUUCUGACGCAAGCACACAAAAUCAUUCAACAUCCGAGGAGCACGAGGGGAACGGGUCACUCCAAUUGGUAUCUAUACACACGCAAGAUGAGAUCACGUGGUGGAACGAUACGAAAAGGGAAAAUGGAACAGAGUGUCUGGACCCGGAGGUUCUAUCGUACGGCCAGACCUUGUUUAUGACUGGCCUUCUGGUGGGAUCGCUGUUCGGUGGAGCCGUCUCUGACAGGUACGGCAAACGGGUGCUACUGCUGGUGUGUGUGUGUGUCAACCCUGUGACGUCUGCACUGCCGGCAGUCCUUCAUCACGCUGUCUUCUUCCUCGCCCUGCGCUGUCUGGCCGGCGUGUCCUGCUGCUGCAUAAAUAUCUGUAGUUUCAGCCUGGGGGUGGAGUGGAGUCUCCCCAAGCAUCGCAUGUGGCCCCCGGCACUCCUGUCCUUCUCCUUCAGCCUGGGCAUGAUCGUCAUGGCUCCGCUGGUCUACCUCACACACACUUGGGUCCAGCUGCACCUGGCGUUGGCCAUACCCCAGAUCGUCUGUCUGCCGGCCUUCUUCUAUAUUCCUGAGUCUCCUAGCUGGCUGCUUGUGAAGAGGAGAACAGACACCCUGGAGAAGUACAGCAGACACAGUCCAGAAGACAAACGCUUUUUAGACCUGCUGUUAGACACAAGGACCGAGCAGGACGUCCCCCUGGACACACUUACACCAGACAGUGACACACACACAACUGACAGCAACACACACAUACCUGAGAAAUACACCCACACUCCUGACAAAGAAACACACACACCAAAGACAGCUACUCCAUCCCAGGAGGAACACACACUCUCCGAUUUAGGACACAUGAGGAGUCCCACCAUCCUCUUGCGACUGGCCAUCAUGGGUUACAUUGGGUUAGCAUCAGCUCUGACCUACUACGGGAUCUGUAUGAAUGUGGGGCGGUUCGGGGUGGACGUCUUCCUGGCUCAGUUCUUCAGUGGCCUAUCAGAGACCCCCUGCCUGCUUGUUCCAUUUCUAUUGGCCCGGUGUGGCAGACGUCCAACCAGCAUGUUGUCUCUGCUCCUUAGUGGCUCCUUCUGUCUGCUAUCCCUGUUGGUAUCACGCUUCUGUGAUAUUCCGGUCCUGGUUAUGGCUCUGGCCCUGGUAGGGAAGCUGUGUAUGCAGACCACUGUCUUUGUCUCUCUGCUGUACGGCAUUGAACUCUUUCCAACCGUCAUCAGACAGAAGUGUGUGGGGUUGGUGUGUCUGUGUUACAGGCUUGGCUGUAUUCUUAAUGCAGUCAUCAGUCCCAGUGGGGAAACCAUCCCAGUGGCCUCCAUGAUUAUUUUUGGGAGUGGCCCCAUUAUUGGGGCGGGACUUUGUCUCUUGCUACCGGAGACCAGUGGUGUGCCGCUCCCUGAUUCGCUGGCGGACUGUGACAGACAGCCUAGACUUUCCCUAUCAACCCUGCCACACGUUUGGUCAUCAUGCCUCAGACGGCGUUCAGCUAACGCCCAGGCAGCCAAGGCCUGUCCAUUCCUGACGGACCCAGAGGCCUCCCACAAUCCACAGGAACUCAACUCAGCCGACGCAAGCCACACGCACAUACACUAGUCAAAAACACACACACAAUUUUUAGACACUUGUAUGUAAAGUGCCAUGGCGCUCCAAGAUAUGACUCCUUCGAACAAGACACACCAAAACGCUAUCCCACAAGUCAGAGUUGAGGAGUUUGCGGGGUUACUUUGGUCCACUCUGAGCUCAACUCGGGUUAAAUCGUCACACAGAAGUGGCUCACCUUUAGACACAUUUCUUACUAUGGCGAUGAAUCCUUUAGAAUUUACAUGCCAGCUCGUGGUUAACCUUGCCUUGACCUUGAGUGGAGUGACUAUUACACGACAUGAGGACCAGCACAACCAGACUGCAAUCAGCCACUUCAUUUCCUGCUUUCAUCAUACUUUCUGUUUCCGAAACAAUGUGAAUUUUAAAAUGUCUAUCGCAUUACAUUUAAAGAUGCAGUUCAAAGUUGAUGCACAGAAAACCUUUGUGUGACUGGACAAUUCUUUUAAUAACCGUUGUCUGGAGAAAUGUUGCUCGGCCAAGCACGAUCCGUAACGAGGAAUGUCACUUCAAAUACCCCACUUCACAGCAUAGCCUUGCUUUAUUUCUUUCAUGAUUAUUUCGUCGGCACCAAUUAGCCCAAGCAUUGGUGUUUUAGUGUUGUCUCAAGAUUUCAGCAGCCGACAAGCCACGUAUUUACUAGCCUUCACGCGUUAGUGACAGGUGGACAAGUUGUAGUCCUGAGCUGGAAUGUGAAGCUAAUUGAACUUAUUCUAGGGAGAGCACCCACAGAAUUGACAGGUUUAGGGGAUGUGAGGGGGGGGCUACUUUAUUCAUUUUUUUAAAUAUAAAACCAGCUGAGCCAGCCAGAGGACAAAACAACUUAAUGCACAUGGGAAUACCUUUGGUUUGUUCUAGGAUAUACAGGAGAUUAACCUUUUUUAAAUACAUUGUUCUUACUGAACAAAAAUCAUCCCACAGAGCAUGAAUAAUAAAAAAAAAAGUUAUCCAUCCAUCCAUCCAUCUUCUUCUGCUUAUCCGGGGCCGGGU